AUGUCGUUGAAUAAAUUGAAGAAUAUCGAUAUAUUUAAUCCAAGGUACGGCAACGUAGCUCGCAGCGCAUACAACAGGCCAGCGAGACGCGAUCAAGCUACCAACGCGUUGCGGGGCACUGAGAGCGCGGGGCACAUCAUCCUUCCCAGGGGCCAUUUUCCCAUAUGGUACAGCAUGACUAUGGAGUACAUACAUAUGGGCGUUUGGGGCUACUCUCACUACGCCAAAGACGGUUUCGCGGUCAAUGCGUACCUGAUUUUUGUUGAAUCAUUUUCACUUCAUUCCGGUGACCUUACCAUGAACUCAACAAUCAUUCCGCAUGCGACUUUAGAGUCUAUUGAAACUGGCAAGCACUGCUGUGCAGGGGUCUCUGCUGAGAGGCUAGUGGUGGAUUGCCCGCAGCAUCCUUGGUUGGUGCCAGAGACACGGGAGCCGCCAACCGACCUGAAUCCAUCUACCAUCAAAGUCACUAAGCAGCUCAUUACUGAAGCCCCCAGGAUUAGCAUAAUGCACCUCAUGUUCACCAUACGUUUCUCUGCAACAUCUUGUUCUCAAAACGGCGUUUGUAUCUUCGUCACGAGCACGGCUCGCUUACCACCUCAUUGCCUUGUCACAUUUAUCUCUCUACAUCCGGGCAUAUCGCUUUCUCCCCCAUUCGUAAUGGGUCGAUUUUGGGAGUUUCUGAUCACAGGACUUCCUUCCUUGUGUGUCAGCAUUUUCAAUCUAUUGCCUCCAUACCGCCAAUCGCCAACACAGAGUGGCGAUUCGAUUACACCCUAUCAGAAAGCAUGCAAAGCCUGCAGAUCAGGCAAAAUUUACACCAAUUAUGAUCAAAAGUCAACAAAAAAGCACGCCAGAAUCAAUGCGAAAGAACUCCUGAUAUAUCAGAUUCCACUCAAGAUACAGCUGCUAGUCAUGGAACGUCUGGAUCCCGUCGACAUAUUCUGUCUACGACAAAGUUGCUCCAUGUUCUUCUCGGCAUUCGAAUAUGCUUCUUUCUCUAGCCUUCAAAAGCCAGUAGAGCUACCUGAAAAUCAUUCAACAUUCGAAACCGAAUUAAGUCGACCAUUUCACAUCGCUUCCGACCAUCAGUACUCAGUCAAUCAUUUGCGACAUGGACAAAAGAAACUCAAGGGCUGUGGCGAUUCGCAAAGCGGAGUCAGGCCAAUUGUCCAAAUGUAUUUGAAUGAUCUCUCUGCUAGAGACCAACGAGAGAUCGCACACAGACUAAGAUUGAAUGCCGUUUGCGAAGUUUGCUUGAGGAGUCAAUCUACACCUACCGACCUGAUGGAUAGAGAGAGCACCCGCUCAGAAGGGCUCGAGGAGCCUAAGCUUGUCAUGUCAGGUUUGUCAAAUGCCCUUCCAGUCAAAAGGACGGGAACACUCCCCAACGCUAUCUAUCUCCAGCAACCACUUCUUGCGUUUACACUGGACUAUGGUGAUGCCGUAGAGGAGCGAUAUGGCAACGAAUACCUUUCUCCACAUCUUACUUUCAGUUCCCACCAAUUCAUGUCGCCUUUCGACUGGGAGCGUUGUUGUUGCGCUUGUAACAGCUCGGAACACAUCGAUGCAACAGGUAUCCUCAUGAUGUCCAGUGUCUCUGGCAAAAGAGGCUACUCUUUGCAUCAGGUCGAUUGGAGACUCUGCUAUGCAACAUAUCAGUGGGGAAUUGAUUCCAACCGCAUCACGCUUACAAGAGGGAGAAUGGAAAUGUCGAACACAAAGGUUGCAUCAAUAAGGCUUGUUCGAAUUCUCAGAAUCGCCAUGAGUGUUUCUCAGCAGAAUGAUGGGUAA